CUGGCCGCUAACUGUUCCGCUGCGUCGGGAUCAGAAGACGCAAAUCAAGUGAAACAAAUCUCCUGACAGGAGAAAAGUUCAUGCUGGAGUUUUCAAAGACCUCAGAGGGCCUCAUGAAGUCCAAGCUGAAUAUGGAGAGUUUGACCAAGCCAGAGUUGCUGAUGCUUUUCAGCAUCCUGGAGGGAGAGCUGGAGGCCAGAGACCUGGUCAUCGAUGCCCUAAAGGCCCAACGUAAAGAGCUGUUUAUCCAGGAGCGCUACGGCAGGUACAACCUCAGCGACCCCUUCCUGGCCUUGCAGAGAGACAGCGAGGCUGUCGGGGACCAGAACAAGGACCCGGGCUGUUCCUCCUCCACCUCCAACCCUCUGGUGGUUCUCAAACUGGUGGUGAGCCACUGCAGGAGGAUGCAGGAGAAGAUGCUGGCCCAGCUGGCUGCUGCGGAGAGCCGGCACAGAAGGGUCAUUGCAGAUCUGGAGGAAGAGAGGAGGAGGCAUGCUGAGGACACAGCCGAGGGAGAUGAUGUCACCUACAUCCUGGAGAAGGAGAGGGAGCGCCUACAGCAACAGCUGGAGUUUGAGCGGAGCCAGGUCCGGCGGUUGGAAAAAGAACAGCGGCGGAUUACUGACCAGCUUGAAGAGGAACGGGCUCAGCACAAGCAGCUGUCCUGCGCUUUGGCCAAAGAGUGCAAGUGGGCGAGUGCCAGAGCUCUGGAGGAGGGUCACCGGCUGACCGAGCUGAGCCGCAAACUUGACAAAGAGGCGGCGUCUUGCCAGGCCCUGAGAAAUGAGCUGGAGGAUGAGAGGAGGAGAGCCCUGAGGAUGGAGGCGAGGGUGGAGGAGCAGCUGGCUGAGUUUGACACAGAGCGAGAGCAGCUCCGCUCACGUUUGAAGAAAGAGGAAGCUCACUGCUGUCAGCUACAACAACAGGUAGAGGAGCUGAAGAGGAAGCUGGAGGAGAGGAAUAUGAUGAGAGACGUUGGGGAGGCAGUCACAGCUCCAGUGGAGGCAGGAGGAAAGGAGUGGGCCACGAAAGUCUCCCCAGGAAAGACAUCAGUAGACACUAUCACAGUCGAGGACAUUGAGGAGGACAGACACCAGCAACCUGAGCAGCCAAAAGUCAACGGUCACCACUGUCCGAUGGAGACUAACGGACACCACGGUCCAAACAGCGCACUCUCAGAGAACAUCUGCAUACAGAACGGGAUUGAAAACCCUCCACUUCAUCAAACAUCAUUUCCCUCCUCUCCAUGCGCCUCGCCAGUCCUUGCCAAACGCCCACCAGGCAGCCCGAGCCCUGGCAGCUACCAGUCUCCCUACCAGGCCGGCAUCAACCAGCGCUUCCACGCUGCUCGUCACAAGUUCCAAGGCACCAUCGAACCAGAGCCUCAAUCCCAGGCGGUGCAGCCCGCUCUGCCCCUCUCGCCAAAGGACGUCUCACCUGUGACCAGCAGCCCCCCUCCAGAAACCAGCCCAGUCAAGCAGAUGGCCCGGAGCACAGUCACUCAAGUCCUGUCCCGCUUCACCACCGUCCAGCAGAGCGCCACGUCCAAGCUCACAGCGCCCAACAAUUCACCCUUCGGCACAGACUACCGCAGCCUGGCAGCGCCCUUGUCGCCGAUCAUCGGAAGGGCCGCGGGGGUGCUCCCACAGGGGAUCAGAUCGCCCACCAUCGCCAGGGCAGACAGGGGCAACCCUCCGCCCAUCCCUCCAAAGAAGCCCGGUCUGGCUCAGGCUCCUCCCUCCCCUGCCGCGGUGCCCAGGUCUGCCAGCCACUUCUCUGACAGCCCGCUCUCAGGCAGCUGCGGCCUCACCUCCAGCCAGGAGGGAGUCAAAGAACUGGACAUGGUGGUUUCUUCUAAUUAACCAGGUCAUCAAUAAAUGAGUCAGCUGCUGCUCCGCUUGUGACACGAUGGUUUCAUCACAUCUCAUAGCUGAAAUAUUGUUUGUACAUGACAGGAUUUAUAUGCUAUGCUUAUUGAACAGAGGUCCCUUCAAACACUGUUAUAUUUAUUAGAUGUUUUAUGCGCUGAGGCACUAUUGUAGGUCGUGGUCAAAGAGCUGGUACAAUGAAGAGUUACAGCAGAUUUUAGUUUCACAUGUGCCGAUGCUGUAUGUUGGGCACAUCGUACUGUUACAGUAUCUUUUAUGGUGUCAUAUUUCCAAAGAAUAUAAAUCAGAGGUAUUAUUUUUCACUUUAGUAUGUUGCUUGUUAUUAUAAAUACUGUAAUCUUCACACCAAGUGUUAUAAGUAGUCCUCGGACCAAUCUUAUUUUAAAAUGUCUCAUUUCAGUGUGCACUCGUACGCAGCUGUUGUUUUUAUAUAAAAUAAAAGUGUAUAGUUCAUUUUAUAAAUGUUCCGUAGUUAUUGAUGUCUGAUAGUUUCACACAACAGAUAAUCUAAUCAUCAGUGUUGUCCUGAGCUUUGUUCAUGUAUUACUUUAAAUGUUACAGUUAUGAUAUUCGUAUAGGCUCAGAUUAUGCGCAGGCACCAUUGUACGAUAUCUUGUUUAAUAUAAGUGAAUCUGAUGACUGUCAUGCCUUUGUCAUUUAUAAGAAAUCAUUAUAAAACACACAAGUAUUUUAUAGUCGACUGUGCUUUGAUUUAUAUCAUAAGACAACAUGUUGGUUUAUCUCUUUGUUUAUCAGAUGCUUCACAGUACUGUAAAUGCUGGAAAGUGACAGAUAUAAUAAAUUAAUC